CAGAACAACUCCUACUAAUAAUGAAAUAUGUAGGAUUCGUUUUUGGAUAUAUAAUAUUUGUAGGUUUAAUAUAUUAAUAUGAAUAUAGACAUAAUAAUUGAAUCUCAAUAAAAAAGGACGAUUAUGUGCUAAUUAAAAAACAAGAGUAAGCGAAAAAGUGCGGGAUAAAAUCGUUGCAUGACAUUUCUUACUUCUGCUGUGACGUGAGAUGGAGUCAGGUCCGUGCACGAGUGACCUGACGUCAUAACAACGGACACAAAUUCCUACAUAAUACUACAAAACUUGCUGUUAUGACCGUUGUAAUCCUGCUUCUCUCGUCAAAUCGGCUUCUGAACAUUUCUUGAAAGCAGUUGGCCCCAAGGGGAAAGGAAAGGACUCGAAACAGAUAUUGCACGUUGCCAUAAGGAAAGAGAAGUAGGGAAGCAUGGCGAAGAAAAAGAAGAAAGGCAAGGGAAAGUCAGUUCCCAUGACAGAGGAAGAGAGGGAACUCUAUAUGAAGCAGAAAGCCUUAGCAGAGGAGGAGGCGGCAAAGAAAAAACAGGCCAUGCUUAUACAGUUCCUCAAGGAUAAGCUGCAGAAGGAGGAGAAGAACAGCGUGACCAACCAGCACAAGCUGACGGAGAAGUGGCGGGCGGUGUUCAGGCAGGCGUGCGCCCAGGAGCUGCGGCGCGACAUCGCCGUGCUCAGCCACACCUUCGAGAGGGUGCUCGGGCACAAGGACAGCAUCAUCAAGUGCAUGCUGUGCGACCUGAAGGAGACCAAGCAGCAGUCGGCGCACGCGCUCAGCUCCUACGUGCAGUGUGUGGAUCAGCUCCUGGACCAUCAGAAGGGCAGGGUGUCGUCACUGGAGCGCCAGUGGAGCAGCAUGCUGGAGAUCAUCGGCAAAGACUUCAGAGCGGAGAGACAACUGAUCCUGACUCAGCAUGAGAAGGAGUGUAAGUACCUGGAGGAGGUGAACUUCGCCAUUGACCAGUACUACAGUGAGGUGGACAGUGAUGUGCGACAGGACUUCCAGAGCACCUGCGUCGAUAUCGAAAAUAGGAACACAGAGGAGCGCAACACGCUGCGGGUCCAGCUGGAGGGGGACGUCGAGCUCCUGUGGAAUCAGGUCCAGCACACCGUCUGGAGCUACAGAGAGAGCACGGAGGACCAAUAUGUGGCCCUCGAGUCGCUGCAGGCCCACGACAAGCUCUGCGUCGACGAAAUAGAGCUCCACGUGAAGAAGCUCCACAAGCUGCAGGACUCAAUCGUGGCAUUGCGGGCGCGGCUCUCCUGCACGAAGGAGGAGUGCUUCUCGGCGCUGGGGGGCCUGCGGGCGGUCAAAGAGGAGGUGACCAUGCAGGGACAGCAGCUCAAAGUGCAGAUGUGCACCACCCGCGUCAGGGACAAGAACCAUCUCGCCAGCCUGGUCAAGCACUGCAACGCCACUUCCAAGAAGAUACAGGCCAUCAUACUCAAGGGGGAGAAGCUGCUGCGUCUGAUGGAGGCAUGCCGCAGGCUGGAGAAGGAGCGGGAGAAGGUGUAUUACUCCACCUCUCAGAGCGCCGAGGAGCAGGUCCUGCUCAACAGCCUCUGCAUGGAGCCCAUGUCUGAGGAAAUGGUCAAGAACAUUCAGGAGGUGUCUCCGCUGGAGAGCUUCUGGCACCGCUACAACGCGGCCCUGAAGGAGCACCUGUGCCUGCAGCAGGAGCAGGCCCGUAUGACCGAGCAGAACAGGCACCUGCGCACCCAGCUCCGCAACUUCCUGGACGGCGUCUCCGUGUGUGACGACGUCCUGCGCCACAGCAACCCCCUGCUCAUCAUCAGCAAGCCGCAGGGCCACCGGGACAAACCACCACCGCUGCUCCCCGCGCCGUGCACCAGGCGCUCCAUCAGUGUGGUGCAGCUAACGUUCUAAACCACGCGCUGCAUCGUGGGUAGUCCGUGCCCCAUGUCCACUUCAUGGACGCACGUGGCACGCAUUCGCAGUGCACGGCACCGUGUGGCCUUCGCAGCAGGGGUGUGUAAUGGUUUCGAGAGAAAGGCUGGUGUGGGUACAGGAUUUUGUUCCACCACAAUGCUAAAACACCCAAUUUAGCUAGUCAAGUCUUCAGUCAAGGCCUUGUUUUUUAUUUUUAUUUUUAAAUCGGGUGCUGGUGCUGGGUAAGAACAAGUCUGCUUCCAUACUGGCCCUUCUGAAAUAACAUUGGACACCCCUGCUUUGCAGUGUGGGAGGGUAGGAAAACAGAUUUAGACUUCAUAGGGUCACUGGGUUUCUGAGUGAGAAAAGGCAGCUUUCCCUUUGAAAUUUAAACAACUUUGAACUCUCUGCUUUAUGCGAGAUGCGUGCACAAAAUGUGAAGGAAAAAGACAGGCAAAUCAAUAAAAAAUACCUCUAAUCUUUAAUUUUCAGAACAUUUUAUUACAUCACAAUCUGUAGGAAGUUUCCACUUUCUCUUAUUAAACAGGUUAAGUAGCUACAAGUUGGCCUUAUUAAAUCAUUAUUUACAUUGAUAUUAACAGAGGAAAAAAAAAAAAAAAAAAAAAAAUUCAGUCCCAGCGCUCCCUGCAGAGCCUGCUCUACACAAUUGAAUUUGUACAGCCUACCAAUAAUAAAGUUACUUUUAUUCCCUCAAAUUACCUUAAUUCUCUAUUAUCAUUAUUUGUUUUUAUAGAUAUAUACUACUAUGUGGAAAAACAUACAACAGUAAAAAUUGUGCAUUCGAAAAAAGACAUUAGUCGAGCAUGUAGGAGUGCAGUAUGUUAACACGUCUUUAUGCUUAUAUUUUCAUUUAUAAAUCACCACGGUGGUCGUUCAUCCCAAUACGAGAGCCAGCACAACCCAGAGUAAAAAUCUGGAGGAUUUCUCUCUGGUCAACUGGCGGUAAAUGGUAAACUAAGACUUCUUUCUUCUCAAAGUACAUUAGUAAUUGUGAAGGUAAGUAGAUGCUUGUAAGCUGUUUGUAACAAUGUACCUUUGACACUCAAUGUGCGCAAGCUUUAUUUUUUUUGUGUUUUUGAGUUGUUUUUUUUUGGUCACUACACAUAGGAGAGCCAUUAGCAGCUCAUCAGACACAUAAAAACGGAAAAAGUCAAAGGAAUGACAUCACACAUUUUCCAUGUACUUUAUACUGAGGAAGGGGAGGGGGGAUCCAUAUAAAAUCCAUCUUUAUUUGCAUAUUUGCUUUCUUUCAAGAGUACCAGGUUGGUUGUACCUUCUCAGCCAUAUGCAAAUCUUCUCUUGGUAUACAGCAUUACCAGAGCACUGACAUCGAGCUGUGAGAUAGAUGGGUUGAAUGAAUAAUGAAUCUCAGUCCAGCACUAACCUUAAUGGUGAACCUUUUGUAUUAUGUGCAGCAAGAUCCCUUGUUUACAACUGCAUUUACGAUUUUUCACAUUCUUGCAGUUUCCCAAAAAAGCGUGCACUUGAAACACCAGUGUCCAUUUCUUUUCAUACUUUUAUCAAAUUUCACAAAGACGCGAUCAAAUCAAAGUGUUCUUUAAAAGCACAAACGUAAUAAAUAGUGAGCUUGAAAGCAUUGGUUUUACAAAGGCUCCAAUCCGUGAAAACCCAAUCACUGCAUUUGUUUUCUUCUGCCACCUGGUGGUCGCAAGAGGACUUGCAGCAAGAUGGCCACACAGGACACGAUUAAAUGCAACGUUCUGUCAGCAAAAGCCUUCAGCAUUCUCAGAUUUCUGUUCACUACACUUGAGGAAAAUGGUCUUGGUAAUUAAAUUCGUAUUCUGUGCUCACACGACUUACAGCAGAAUUCACAAUAUAUACAGGGGGAAACGGUCCUGUGUGUCACAUUUUAAAAAAAAAUCUUUAAAAGCAUUACAUUAAAAUAA